AUGUCUUAUACAGAAUAUUCAAAAGUAUUAGAAGCGUUCAUAGCGAAACAGAAACGACUGCUAGAAUUAGACAAAGAACGUGUAUCCAGUGCUCCACCGGAAGUACCGAAGAAACAACAAAAUUCUACUCCACCCGGAGAACCACGCAAGAUAGAUUCCGGGAGUGUGAUAACUGGUGACCGCAUCCCUUCCAAUCCGUCCAACGCUAAGCUUUCCAAGGAAAAGGUCAAUUCUCAAAUAAGUCGCAAAACAAAUAUCGUGCAAGAAGAAGAAAAUACCGGUGUACGCGUUAAAACUUUCCGUGAACUAACAGGAGCAGCGGGAGGAGGAUCUAUCGAUUCGAUAAAUAUUGACCCACGGCAGGAUGUUGUGGAUAACCUAUCAUCGGCAUCCGAGGAAGGACCGUCAACCGUUCCAUCGGCAAGCGGUGCGAAACAAAUGUCGCCGCAACAGGAUGAAAUGGAACAGUGGGUCUCGGAUACGUUCUUUUCGUACUUUCCGAGUUUCAACAAAAAGCAAAAGGAACAAAAAACCGUCCUGUCCCGUACGCGCCAGCAGGAGUAUCAAGAGUAUUUGAAAAAUAUUCCGGAAGUGACGACCAAACACCAGCAGUACAUGCAAAAGUACGGCACCGGCAAACCGUCCGGGACGGAGACGACCAAUGAGAAGGGUACGAGUCCGCCACCACCGCCCGCCGCCGGUCAGCCGCAGGUCCGGUUCGGCAAGUCACUGGUGGCGGAAGCGAAUGUCAACUUCCGCAAAGGUAGCCCGCGUGAGAAGUUGAUCCAAGAUUUAGCCCAUACUGAUCUGCCUACCAUUCUUAACACAGACACUAUCGAUCGCAGGAACAGGAUGUUGGCCGAUGAGGAAAGUCGCCGCAAGAUGGAAUAUCAGAAGGAGCUCAUCAAGCAGAUCGAGGAAAAGCGUAAAGAGGUGGAACGAUUGCGCGAGAAGGAAAAGCUCGAAGAGGAAAUGCUGACCAGUCGUUUGGAACAGCAGCUUAAAACGAUGCAGCUCGAGGAGCAGCUCGAACACGAACGGGUGCGCAGUGAAAAGAUCCGUAUCGCCAACGAACAGAACCACAUUCGCCGGCUGCAACUGUUGGCUAACCUCGAGAACGAUCACAAACUCUUCAAUCCGUACGAUGGUCAGCGGAAAGCAUUUUCGGAAAAUGGUGUAAAAGUGGUAGCACCCGCGCCAGGAACAUCAUCCAUUCCACCGGGUGCAUCCCAACAUCCUAACGGAUCCUAUUCUUCCGGUGAUGAGCGGACCAAGGUUUACCGGUACUUUAGCAAUUCCGCCCAACAGCAGCCGCAACAGCAGCAAGAGAAACACAACCAUUUUGUAUCGUUCGGGGCGGCCUCUUCAUCGGCACUAUCAUCCGAGCAAGAUUAUGAAUCUUCCAGCGAAACGACAAACAAUUCACUAAUGGCGGAUCACCGGUAUCAGUACUGUAAAAGCUGUCGUGGUGAUAUUGAUCGAUCGUUUCUUCCACCGCAGCCGACGAUUGGUACGAGAGAUCAUUCCAAGCAAAAGCGACAACAUUGCGCCAAGUGUGGUUGUAAACGAUCGCCGGGACAGAUGCAUAAGAAGCAGGACGAUCCGAUCGUACGGUGUAUGAAAUGUGAUCGAACUAUGAAGCGAUCGCACGGUAAAGGACUACCAGCACUGUGUGCCGUCUGUACACUAACAACGGACGCGGAUCGGAAGAAUAUGUUGCACCAAAAGUUGCAUCAGGAGAAACGUUUGCACAAAGGUCGCCAUUAUUCCACACUAAUGGAUGAUGAUGACGAUGAAGCGGUACAGGUACAUCAGGCUGCUGUCGUCGGUUCACCCAAGAACAAUCCGUACAAAAUUAUCGACAUACAGUACCACGAAAGUGAUAACGAUAAUGGUGAUCUGGAUGUGUUGAAUCCGGUGAUCGUGAGGAACAAUUAUCGUAAACCACCGUACUCGCUCAACAUCGAUAAAGAUUCACUGUUUCAUCCGAGCAAGAAAACACCCGAACCGGUACUUUCGGUCAACAUUCGCAACGGGGAGGUGUUUGUGGACAAUAAGAUACGAGCGGGAGGAGUUGUUGGAGGGCCGUCACGAAUCCCUGCGAGCCCAUCCGAUGCGGAUGAAGGACAUCGGGACGAUGAAACGUCAACCGUUGGGGAUGAUAUGCUCGAUGAGCGAAUUGCCAAGUACGUUCGCCAUUACAACACGCUUUGGAUGAAGCGUGGCACCAGAAAAACCAAUGCGCACCACCAUUCGCACCAUCUGCAUCAUCUGCUGCAUGAUGAGGGUCCUCGUGAUGGGAUGAAAGAUGGCGGCGGCAAAUCAUCAUCCGGUACACGGCUUCCAUCGCUUUCGCCUCCGAAAGUGUACGUUAGUGAUCGACCGGAAAACCUCAAGAGUGACGGAUUGAAGCUGGUGGAGAAGAAAUGGGAGAUACCGGCCGUUGAACGGACAAAGGUAAACGAGAAAGGAUCGACACGGGUACUGACACAGCUCGGUGCCAUACGGAAGCAGUUGCAGCUGGAACAGCUUCAGAUGGAUGACCCAUCGUCGUACUCGAAGAAAUAUUAGAAUUUUGUUUUUCAUAUUUUACAUAUUAUCGACACUCCGUCCGCU